AUGCGCCGAGAGACAGAGAAGCCUACGAGAAGGUUACUUGCAACGUAUUUGAAAGGGAUAGCAAUAAUCCAGUUGUGGAGAGGAAAAAGAGACCUCAGUGGUAGAAAAAUUGGGUGUGUGGUUCGCGGCGAUGACGAGCAACAUGAUGCGCGAGAAGGCGAGGACGUCACGAUGCAGUGUCGAUUUGCACUGGAACCCUUGGCGGGAGAGUCACUCACUUACUACUGGGUGAGAACUACCGCCAGUGGCCACGAAAAUGUCGCUAUCGGGAACAUCCCACUAGAGACCAAUUACCAGAUAUCGUACGCGCCAACAGAAGGUCGAUUCGACCUGUUGGUGUCGAACGUGUCGUACGAGAGAGACAACGGACGGUUCGAGUGCCGAGUGAAGGCUGGCGGGUCUGGGCGCACUCUACAUGCGCAAGGGCACACGCUCACUGUGCUGACGAGCCCACGUGCACCAGUGCUUUCUCCUGGCUCUCACGCUCAAUCGCAGGAAGAACGGGAGCUUAAUCUCUCAUGCUCUAGCUCUGGUGGAUCGCCUGAACCGACUAUCAAGUGGUACCGGGAAGGUUCAACAUACCCCAUGGAGGCGACGAUAGUACAUGCCAAGACGCGCUCGGAGCCUACAGUAGCCACGCUCACACUGAUGCCAACGAGACAAGAUGAUGGAGCAGUAUUCCGUUGUGUAGUGUGGAACCGAGCUAUGUCUGAGGGACAGCAACUCGAGGCAUCAGUUGAGCUUAGUGUUAAUUAUUUUCCCCGAGUUGAAGUAGCACCAGAAAAUCCUUUAAGAGUAGAAAUUGACGGAGUGGCCACAAUGGAGUGUAAAGUUGAUGCUAAACCAAAAGUAAGCUCCGUAAAAUGGACUAGAGAUGGCAAACAUAUCUCGAACUCCUUUACUCAUACAAUUCAAGGUGUGACAGUGCAAGACGCCGGCAAAUAUACCUGUAGUGCUAACAAUGGAUUAGGGCGUUCAGGAGAGAAGGAAAUGUAUCUCGAUGUGCUAUUCCCUCCCACCGUUACUGUCGAAUCUAAAACUUACGAGGCCGAAGAAGGUGGCAAUGUUGAAAUUCACUGCGAAGUAUCGGCAAAUCCAGAACCUAUAUCCAUUGAAUGGACAAAGGAAGGAAUGCCUGAAUUUCACCAAAGUGGAAAUAUUCUUUCGUUAACUAAAGUAAAUGCCGAUGUGGCUGGUACUUAUGUUUGUAAAGCAAUUAAUGUGAUAUCCGCCAGCAACGGGAAGCGCAAGGACAAAGAAAGCAGCGCAUCGGUUGCUGUGUUAGUGCGACAUAAACCUGGUCGUGCGCAAAUUAGUCCUGAUCGACCAGUUGCUCAGGAAGGAGCAGGUGUCACGCUUACUUGUAGUGCCAAACCUCCAGGGUGGCCUGCGCCACAGUACCGAUGGUUUAGAAAUACCGAACCGUCAGAUACCAAACCGACAGUACUGGCUACAGGAAGUCAAUAUUCAAUACCUAGCGCACACUUAGGGAGUGAGGGCAUUUAUCACUGUCAAGCUACUAAUGAGUUAGGCCACGGUGAUCUCGCAUCGGUUACUUUAGAAGUCCACCAACCGCCUCGCUUUCAAACAAAGUUACAAACCCAUAUGACGAAGCGUUCUGGGGAAGAAGAUUUUUCGGUCACUUGCAGUGCACUCGGAAAACCACGGCCAAAUGUCAAAUGGUUCAAGGACAACGCUGAGAUUAAGCCAGACACUAAUAUGUAUGAAGUGAAAACUGAUAUAACUGAGAAUAGAAAUCUUGUAUAUAAUGUUCAAAGUACUCUGAAAUUUCACGGAAAAGCGCGAGCCAAUACUAACGAUCUACUACCGGAUGAUAGAGGACUGUAUUCAUGUGCUUUCGAAAACGAAGUUAAAAAGGUUGAGUCUACAAUGCAUCUUCGAAUAGAACACGAACCAAUAUCAAUUCGACAACAAAAAAAAGUGGCAUACGAUGUUAUGGAAAGUGCUGAAAUAUUGUGCAGGGUUCAAGCCUACCCAAAACCAGAGUUCCAAUGGUUUUACGGUUCCAACACAGCUCCAUUGCAAAUGUCAUCUGAUGGACACUAUGAAAUCAAUACUACAACCGAUAAUAACGAUUCAUACCUUAGCAUUUUAAAAAUAAAAACUGUAAAGCCUCAAGACUACGGUGAUUACUAUUGCAAAGUUAAAAACUCACUAGGAAGUAUAAGACCGCAAAUAAAACUGCAACCUAAAGGCGCUCCCGAAUCACCUCGUUCUCUAGAGAGUCAGAAAGUAGGCCCGACGUAUAUUACUUUGAAAUGGGAAGCAGGUUUCGAAGGAGGAUUAUCAAGUACAAAAUAUUUUAUUCGGUAUCGUCGUGUGUCACUUCGAGGGGCAGGUGCGGGAGCCACGAGUUCUGAACAUUGCGCUACUGAUCGACACACCGAGUUCGACUGGAUGGAGUACGACUGCGGCCGGGCAAACCCUUGCAAUGUCACACGACUUGAUCAGCACAACACGUAUUCGUUCAAAGUGAAAGCUGUUAAUACAAAAGGCCAGAGUAAUUACUCUAAUGAAAUCACGGUGACAACAAAGGUGGACAAAAUCAAUCCUCCUGAACAGGUGACCUACGACCCAAGCACGCAAAAUAUAGUUUUUACAGUUACUCCUACUUGCCUAUCUCUCGUGGGAGUUGUGGAAGGUAUAUCUACUACGAGUGGUUCAUCUGUAUGGCAGGUAAUAGAUACAGUAAAUCUCCGACUGUCGGGUGCGGUAGCGACAGUUCAAGAAGCUACUGUGGAACUACCUAGCAAAGCAAUGCGCAAGACCACACGGUACGCAACAGAUAUGCCUCAUGAAAACGAUCCUAAAAUACGACUCAAACUCUGUCUACAAGUUAAUCAAGAAGUGUGCAGUGAAUAUACUGAUGCUGAGAUUGGACCAUCCUACAUCAAAGAAUCCUACGGAAGUACGACAGCAGCUAUUGUUGGAAUAUUUGUAACAGCAUCUGUUGUUCUUCUCUUCGUGGGCCUAUUAUUCUUAAUUUACCAGUGCCGACGAAGACCUAAGAAGAAAGAUAGGUCAAAAGACCACGAAAUGGAUUCAAUGAGACCAUCUAAAGUAACACCACAGAAUCAAGCUCCACCACCAUAUUAUCCCAGCUCAGGUAUGGAGAACAAGGCACUGGAACAUUCUAUGGACUUAGCAUUAUCUAUAGAUGACUCGAAAUCUCCGAAAUAUGGCUCCACAGGCGGGUACGCCUACCACGUUCCACCCCAUACACAAACUCAUCUAGGACAAACCAUGCCAAAUUCUGAUUGGAACAUGGGCUUCAUAGAAAACAGUUACACCAACAGCAAUAACGGGGGCAGCGUGAACUCUCAAGACUCUCUGUGGCAGAUGAAGAUGCAAACAGCGAACAAUGUUGUAGUUUUAAAUUCGCACCAAGUCCUAGACCGACAGAGCAAUUACGAUUACGAUCCGAUUUCUCAUGCUGGCUAUAGGAAUAUCGAUGACUACGCACAUUACUCUCACUUACCCAACGCCAGCCAAGCCGCUCCACCCGCUGAUUAUGACAUGAGAGCAACACAGAUCCCCUCUCGUCAGGAAUACUGCUCUGACCCAUAUGCCUCCGUGCAUAAACCCAAGAAACGUAUGGACCAACAUAUUGAGUCACCAUACCAUGAAGUGAGCGGUCUGCCGGAGUACGGACUUCGAGUAGGCGCGGAGGAAGGCGGCGGAGAAGAAAAGCCACUACACAUGUCGCUGGGCUACGACGAGUCGCUAGAGUCGGGCUACUCUACGCCCAACUCGCGUUCGCGUCGCGUAAUCCGCGAGAUCAUCGUGUGA